AUGCCUGAGCAGAAGGGUCUCAUCCUUCGACGCCGGACCUCGACAAGCAGCCACAAUGAUGACUGGUUGGGGCGUGCAGCUGAUGCCUGGAAGAACGAGGUAGUCGCAAUGGAUCCUGCAAACUCCACAUUGUGCGACCCAAGCGAUCCGCUGGUCGUAAGGUUCUGCAUCUUCAGUGACCCCGCUCUGGAGAACAUAGGCAUACCGACGAAUGAGGAGGUAGUAGAGAUGCAAACUGAUACUGCCACCGCUCUCGCUGAUGAGCUCGCCGCCGUCAAUAAGUCAGUUAGACUACAGACCUUCACACUAAAGAUCCUAGAGCACGUAGAAACAGUUCACUGGACAAUGGCAGAGGCGAAUAUGCCUGCUGUGCACCCUGAGGCUACGAAGCACCGUCCAGCACCGUCGGCAGCACGGUUUGCGUUAGUCCGCGGCUUCGGAAAGGUGGACAGGCAUGUGUUUAGGGCUGACAACACUAUGAGCGUCACGGCACAGCGAACAAUCACGCGCAAAGGCAUCCUUCAGGUGGAAACAAAUGCGAUACUACUUCCUGGUCAUGUCACUGUAUGGGGGCGGACUGUAUUCGAUGAAUUCCACAAUUGCAAGUCGGAGGGCACAAUCAUGGCCAAGUUUUACAAGGAUCUUCGAAAGUAUAACUAA